GAUGUGUGCGUUAACCAUCGAGUGGCUAAUCCGGUUGAAUGACAAACGGUUAAGCCAAUUGCUACAAAGACAAAAAAUAUAUUCCCUUAACAUCUUUAUAUCGCUAAACCCUAAGAAAAAAAUUAGUUUGGACACAGAGAAGCCACCCAAACGUAAGGCUCACAGAAACGAGGUGACUGGAACUAAACUGUCGUUCGGGGUCACCGUGAGGUAUCAGCACGGUUGCAAGUUUAUUAGGAUAAACGCAAGCGUUUAUGCGCCGGAACUCCAGCAAUGGCUGUAGCUACUCUGUGGCUGUAUUCGAGAAAUUUGAUCGUUGCUUGUGCUGUACAUGCAGACCUAUGUGUUGUUUUCGAUGGCGUUUUGUCGAAUUGGAUUUUGAUUCGUUUGUAAAGUCGGCUUUGCUUUGCUGCUCGCUCUCGGUGGUUAAUAACAUUUUCAGCACCUGGACAGCUCCUCACCAAGAGACCUAUAUUCGGUGUUAGGAGUCCCUGCUGUGAUCGUGGGGGAAACCCUCUGUAAUCUGGAACGUUAGCGGUGCGUUUAACGUCCUCUUCAAUAUAGGUAUAAGAAUGGUGUUAUCAAGUUAUUUGGUUAGACGGAGAAACACUUAAUAGCAUAUUGGUGAGUGAUGAUGCUUGCGUUUCGGAUCGGGUUUUUUCGCUUUGCCCUGUCUUCUGAAAAGCAGCGGGGGUGCUUGUCCAAUGCAAAACCGCUAAGGAUAGCAGCCUACACACUGCGAACCCGGAGCUUCACUCACACUGAUCCUCAACCAGGGAGACAUUAUCAUCAUCACGGGGGCAAGGGAGGCACGAUUAAACGGUCAACGAUGUAAAUCAACAAAGGUCCGUUAUGUGUGAAGCAUUUCUCCUGUACGGUGAAGGUGAACGCAGGAGUUAGAAUAGGGUGACGUCCAGUGAAAGCCCAGUCCCCUCCCCCCCCCCGCCGGCCCCCCCAUCCCCACCCCCAGAACCACAUCUCUCAGCAUGACCAACCCACAAGCCGCCCAGCAGGCCGGGGUGUCGGACCUGGAGAUCAUAUCCCAGCAGGCGGAGGAGGAGAGCCAGUGCGUGGCUCCUGUGCAGCUGGUGGGCUUCACUUACAGGGACCUGCCAUUGGCCGCCCUGGACCUCUCCCUGGCCGGCUCCCAGCUGCUGUCCAACCUGGACGAGGAGGACACCAGAGAAGGGUCGAACUGGCUGAAGCCGUGCUGUGGGCGGCGGGCGGCGCUGUGGCAGGUCUUCCUGCUCAGCGCGGGGUUCAACUGCUUCCUGGUGGCCUGUGUUGUGCUGGUGGUGCUGCUCCUGGCUCUGGAGCUUCUGAUCGACACCAAGCUCCUACAGUUUUCCAGUGCUUUCCAGUUUGCCAGCAUCAUCCACUGGAUCAGCCUCGUCAUCCUCUCCGUGUUCUUCUCAGAGACUGUCUUCAGGAUUGUAGUCUUGGGGAUCUGGGACUACAUUGAAAAUAAAGUAGAGGUGUUUGACGGUGCGGUCAUCAUCCUCUCUCUGGCCCCAAUGGUGGCCUCCACAGUUGCCAAUGGACCCAGCAGCCCUUGGGAUGCCAUCAGCCUCAUCAUCACCCUGCGCAUCUGGAGGGUCAAGAGGAUAAUAGAUGCCUACAUCCUGCAGGUGAAGGUGGAGAUGGAGCUGGAGAUCCAGCAGUAUGAGAAGGCCAAGGCAGUGAGAGAGGACCAGCUGGACCGACUCACCCAGAUCUGUCAGGAGCAGGCGUUUGAGAUCCGGCAGCUGCGGGCUCACCUGGCCCAGCAGGACCUGGACCUGGUGGCAGAGCGGGAGGCGGCCAUGCAGAUCCACCGCGUGUGGGACAAGCAGAGCAGCAGCUUCCGCGUGGUGGACGGCCUGGGCCCCGGGGAGUCGGACGACGAGGGCCACGGUCGGAUCCGGGACCCCGCGCCCCCCGCAGGCCCGGUUGUGUGUGACGACAUGAACAACUACAUCAGCCAGUAUUACAGCGAGCCCAGCAGUGAUGUGGGGGUCCCGGACAUGGGGGCGCGUGUCAUCACCACGGCGGCCAUCGACGUGCACCUCCCGGACAACCCCAGCCAGCCGUCCUCGGUCCUGCGGAGCGCGGACACGCCCGGCGGCCUGGAGCGCACGGGCAGCUCGGUGAGCGACACCUCCUUCAGCGCCUCGCGCUCCACGCCCAGCUUCUCCACCCGCGGCCAGAGCCUGAGCAGCCACACCCUGGGCUCCACCACCGACUGCAGCAGCAGCACCACCACCGCCCGCGAGCCCUCCUCCCUCUGCUCCGGCCCCCAGUGCCGGCCCCCGCCCUACCGCAGCGCCGUGGUCUCCCCGGGGCCCGGGCGGGGCCCGCGCGACCCCACCGCCGUGGUGCAGGAGCUGCUCUCCUCCCUGUCGGGGGACUCCUGCCUGGCCCAGAAGGGCCUGGACCCCGUCAACCUGAAGCUGCCCAGCCCGGCCGGCUCGGCCGAGACCAGCCCCGAGAUGGAGCACCGGCUCAACAUCUACAACCGCAAGAACCAGGACGGCCUGGCCGUGCUCCAGACCAAGCCCCUCAUCCACCUGCAGGCCAGCGAGCCCCCGCUGGGGGAGAAGUACCGGCUGCUGGGCCCCGCCGACUCCCCCCUGGGCCACCUGCCUGACACAUAGUGACCAGGGGGAGGCGCUCCCGUUCCCUUCCUCCUCCUCUCCUGCGCAGAUGCUACAGAUGAUUUGCUCAUGCCUCUGAAAUAAGUACAGAAAGAAGAAGUGAGCACCACGGCUUUGGGUAGGCUACUCUUCUGUGAGAACUGCUGAUGCUCCCCCUUCUCUUGCUCCUCUGAGGCACCAGUGAAGGACACUCCUGCCCAAAAAUCGCACAACUGUACCAGGGAGGAAAGGGUGGCAGUGGGGAGGAUGUUUGAGCCGGCGCUGGAUAAUCAUCAGGAAUUAGUGUUUUUAAUGCGUCCCAUCGUGGAGAAUGGAAAAGGCCCCUGUGUAUAUGAAACCAGCAAGGGAACACACUGAAGUUCUUACAGAACUAGCUAAUGUGGAACAGUGCUUUAGAUGAGGCCAAACAAAUGGGUGCCAACGGUUUAAUAGGAGAAGGUUAAGGGGGGGGGGGGGGUGGCAUAAUUGCAGGACAGUUUUGGGGGAUUUGUUUUUUGUCUUUUCUUUUAAUGGAAUACUGUAACAAUAUAUACAGUCUUCUCUGAUCCAGCUACUGCAGGGUACAUUUGAUUGGAGCAAAUUUCUUACCUUUUAUCUUUCUACAGAUGAUGACAUUUGUAUUCAAAUUUAAAAAGGUUAAACUGCACCAGCUCCAGCAUUUUUUAAAUUGGAGGAGAGGAUGACUGAAGGAAGGAAGGAAGUUAUUGAAAGAACACCUGACUGCAGAGCUGAGAGGGACUAGAAUGCUCUAGAAUGGAAUGCUUGCGGCAUGAACCUUUAAAAAUGAUCUGCUUUCCAAAUAUGGCAAACUAACCCUGUGCACUUUAAUGUUUACAGAUAUUUUAUAAACAAAUACUGAAGGAAAUUCAUUUCAGACUGCAGGUGUCAUUCAAUUAAAAGCCAAGUUUCUAAAACGA